AUGGACCGCGUCCUCAAUCUGAACAAUGCACUCGCUAUCGCAACUGCGGCGUUCUUCUACAAAUCACUGACGCAGCCCAAUACCCCCCUCCCACGUAAGGAAUGGAUAGACAGCAACUGGUUCGAGAGGACGAUACAGAUUCGCACAAUCAUAUCCAAGGGCAUAGUAUGCACCAUGUCCCUGAUGGUCAUCGCGACCUCGUUCCGUCUAUUUGGAGACCACGGUUCCUGCGCUGCAACCAUCGUGCUGCCCACCACACCGCCUACCAUGGCCGUCCUUGGCGCCUCCGUCACCGUCCUCGCGGGGCUGCUCCGAUGGUGGUGCUUCUCCGAGCUCGGACGCCUCUUCGACUUCCAAUUCAACAUCAAGCCCGACCACCAGCUCGUCACCAGCGGCCCGUACUCAUUCGUGCGCCACCCUAGCUAUACGGGAAUCUUCGCGUCGUUCAUCGGCGCCACGAUCUAUAUGUACUCGCCAGGACAUUGGCUCAGAGCAUGCGGGUCGUCCAGCACCGUAGGGAUGGCGGUGAGCGUCCUGUGGGGUUUGAACUUCGCGAUAUGUUUUUAUGGCCUGGGAACACGCAUGGGAGCGGAGGACGAAGGUCUCCGGCGCAGAUUCGGGAAGGAAUGGGACGAAUUUGCGCAAAGGGUUCCUUUCCGCUUGAUCCCAGGUAUAUACUAG